GUUCAACAUUCCCAGCCUUGCGUUCCGCUUGAGCCAUGUUGGACUUCGCGGCGAAGCGCAAAGCCCCCGGGGCUGGGCAGGAGUGGAUGAAGAAACCGAAGCCGAGACGGGAGAAUUCACGUCAGACCCAGAAGCUUCCGGUCUACCCCCGCGACUUGGAUUCCGAAGACUCGACGACUCUGUCGAAGCCUCGGACGCCGGACCGCGACGCCUACGGCGACGCCCGGCGCCGCUCGCGGAGUCAUGGGCGGCGCAGGGACAGCCCACAGCGGGAAAGACGCAGGACAUCAAGAGUCAGCCAACCCUACGAGAAGCAUACGGAACAGCAGAAGCCUGUGAGAAGGUUAAGUGAACGAGAUAGAGAGGCAGCAUAUGCUGCAUUCCUGAAAAAAAAUAUGGACCGGGUGGCGCCGCCAGCUGCGCCACGAGUUGCGCCGCCCGCGCCAAAGGCCUCCAAGAAGAAGCGGGCCAAGGCCAAGGUGGAGGAUCGGGCCAAGGCCUAUUCCAAAUCCACACCACCCCAGGAUUUCGACGACGUAGCACAAAAGCUCUCAGGCAGGUCCUUGCCCGAGUUGAUGUCUCGUGGGCUCUUUGCUAGUUUGACCAAGCUUUGCUAUGCGGUGAAGCCUUUGGCACCAUUGCCACACCACGGGCUACUGGCCACCUUGUUGAAGUUGCCCCACUUUGUGCGGAUGUCCGACCUGGAUCCAGCAUUACAUGCCAUGCUGUCGUCGACUGUUUGGACCACUCCCCAGGCACGAGACUACUUCCGGCAUUUGCUGUGGCCCAUCAUGGACACCUUCAUCGAGGAAUCGAAGGAAGCGAUCAAACGACGCAUGGUUGACAGGCCUUUGCUGAACGAGAGCUUCUUAGGUUUGAUCUUCACAGAGGGGGUCAAGCCCGGAGAGUUGAAGCUAAAGCAGGAGUCGCUCCCGUGGAAUUCAGAAGGCAGACCGCUGGAUGAUUCCGACAGUGUUUGGCUUACCUUGAUGAACGAGAAGCCAGGA